AUGUCAUCUCAGCCAAGGUCUAAGCAACAGAAAUUGGCCCCUGCCUCUCUCUCCUUCCUGGAUCGGAAGGACAUUUGGGUUGGAAGCAUUUUCCCUUUCCUGGGCAUUGGACAGUAUGCCUUUGUUGCAGCUGUCAGUAAGAAAUGGUAUCAGCUCUAUCAGAAGUACUGCUCCGCCUUCAAGGAUCCUCCUCUAGUCAGGGAUGGUUGCUGUCUACCAAGGCGGCUAGCAACGUUCAAAGACACCUUGUAUUCUGCCGCAUUCUUCAGCAUACCAUGCGCUGAAUAUUGGGAAGACGACCAAUCAUACCUAAAAAACCCAAGUUACAUUUUGCUUUGCGAAACAAUUGCCAAGUACGGGAGUCUUUCAGUCCUGCAAUGGGCCCAUCAAAAGGGGUAUCCUUGGGAUGAGGACACCUGUUCUUGUGCUGCCAUUGCAGGCAAUUUGGAAAUGUUGCACUGGGCUAGAUCCAAUGGAUGUCCCUGGAGUGCACUGACAUGCUCUGCAGCUGCCAGUGCAGGUCAUUUAGAAGUGUUGAAAUGGGUCAGGAACAACAAUUGCCCUUGGGAUGGAAACACAUGUGCGCAGGCAGCUCGUGGUGGACAUUUAUCAGUGCUAAAGUGGGCAAGACAGAUGGGAUGCCCAUGGGAUGCUUGGACAUGCACUAGAGCUGCUGAAAGUGGUCAUUUGGAGUUGUUGAAAUGGGCCAGAGACAAGGGCUGUCCAUGGGAUGCCAAUACAUGCGCUCAUGCAGCUAUGGGUGGGCAUUUUGAAGCUUUGAAGUGGGCUCAUGAAAAUGGGUGCUCUUGGGACAGCAGAACUUGCUAUUGGGCUCAUCACGGAGGACACACAAUGAUGCUGGAGUGGGCUAUUGCAAAUGGUUGCCUAUGGGCCCCUUGA